AUGACAACAUCUAAAGGUUCUGGGCUGAAAUGUAAAGACCUAAAAGGGUUUGAAGUACAAGGUUCAGAACGCUUUCCAGUGUUAAUUCUACAACAAACACAAGAGCUGUUCAACAAACCAUUGGAUGUGCUGAUAACUGAAUUAAACGCCACCAUUGAUGCUAAAAUUGCAGCAGCCAAGGAUGAAUCAAUAAAACGUAUGCUUGAAGAUGACCGGGAAACAAACAUACAAAAGACAACAGAUUCUUACUAUGGAAAUAUGACGUUCAUUGCUGAACUCUAUCUUGUUGGAUGUAUUCCAAUCAAGACUAUGACUGAAUGUCUGAAAAAAUUGAAAGAUUCUUCAGCUCCCGAAGCGUCAACCUCUCUCAUAAUUCUUCUAAAUAUAUGUGGCAGUAAUCUUGAAAAAAAUUCUAAGUCUGUUUUGGAUCAGUGCUUCAAGCGACUCGAACAGUUAAAAGAUUCGAAAAACAUUGAGACGCAUCAAAUUUUCAAAGUACAGGAGUUAGUGGAAUUACGUUCGCGUGAUUGGAAAUCUGCUAAUAUUACCCAACCUCAACCACAAAUAGAUACUUCUAGACGAAAUAUAGAUGAUAAACUAAAGCGGAACUUCAUUCAGUUAGAUACAAAACGUAAAUCUGUUCAGUCAGUGAAUCCCUUAACGCCUUCCAGUUUAGCUGUUACUCCACAGUCCUACGAUUCCCGAAAACUUGGUCCAACUGUGGCUAAUUGGAGUCAAGGUAGUGGUUUACUACGGCCUUCUGAAGAUAACCAUUCAAAACGCAAUCAACAAAUAUUAGAGUUAAACAAUUCAAAACGGGUGAAACUUUUGAUGAAAGAUUAUAGUAAUGUGAAAUUUAUGAAACAACUGUCAAAUUAG